CAAGUCUCUCCCAGCCAGUUUCCCUACAGCGGAGAGGGGAGGCAAAUAGCCAACGCGAACACGAACGACGCAAUGCUCCGCGCUUGCGGCGGCGCGGCGCCGGCGCUCGUCAGGGCGCGCCUCACGAAGCCCGCAGCCUCCGCUGUAGCCGUCGCCUCCUCCUCCGCCCUUGAAGAGCUCGCGGCCGACCGCAAAGGUUUGGCAAGAGUGGUAUUAAAGAAGGGCAAGACACAAAUAUUCCGAGAUGGGAGUCCAAUGGUUUACAGUGGUGCUGUCGAUAGAAUAAUUGGUAGACCUCCUCCGAAAACUGGUGAUGUUGUUUUGGUAGCUGAUGGGUCAGAGAAACCUAUUGGGUGGGGUCUCUAUAACUCCGUGUCUAUGUUUUGUGUUCGGCUAAUGCAACUGGAAGAAGAGGCCAAAAGAGAUCCAACCUCUGCACUAAAUAUGGGAAGACUGCUCGAAGAAAGGAUAUCUUCUGCUGUGGAUUUACGGCGUAGUUUGGGCCUCCCCUCAACUAAUACAAAUGCCUAUCGCCUCAUAAACAGUGAAGGUGACAGAUUGUCUGGUCUGAUAGUGGAUAUCUUUGCUGAUGUUGCUGUGAUUGCUUCAUCUGCUGCUUGGGUUGAGAAAUAUAGUCAAGAAAUCCAGUUCCUUGUUAACAAAGUUAGUGAUGUCAAUCAUAUAAAGUGGAGGUCAUCAACUGAUAUUCUAAAAGAAGAAGGAUUAGAUAUAUCAGAACAAAAAGAGCAUGCACCUUCUUCACACCCCGGAACAGUGAAGGUUAUGGAGAAUGGCAUUGUCUAUAUAGUCUCUAUGGAGGGUCAGAAGACAGGGUUUUAUGCAGAUCAACGGGAGAGCCGCAAUUUUGUAUCCACACUCUCCAAGGACAAAAGGGUUCUUGACCUUUGCUGCUACAGUGGUGGUUUUGCUCUCAGUGCAGCAAAGGGUGGUGCUAAUAAUGUCAUUGGCAUUGAUUCAUCCGGAUCAGCUCUAGACCUCGCCAAUGAGAAUAUUCUUCUGAAUAAGCUGAACGCUGAGAGAAUUUCAUUCCUAAAAGAAGAUGCAACCGCAUUCAUGAAAGGUGCUAUUUCAAGAAAUGAGGUAUGGGACUUGGUAAUCCUUGAUCCUCCAAAGUUGGCACCUCGGAAGAAGGUGCUACAAAGUGCAUCCGGUAUGUACAGAAACUUGAACGCUCUUGCAAUGCAAGUGGUAAAGCGGGGCGGGUUACUCAUGACAUGCUCUUGUUCUGGAGCUAUGACCCAAAGCGGUCUCUUCCUGAAAACCAUUCAGGGUGCUGCAUCAAUGGCUGGCCGAAAGGUUACAGUCUUACGUCAAGCAGGAGCAGCUUGUGAUCAUCCCAUCGAUCCUGCAUAUCCCGAAGGCCAGUAUCUCAGCAAUUACUUGCUCAGAGUGAUGUGAAAAAGGAACAGCCAGAAUCUUCUACUGACCAGUGACCAUUCCCGAAGAGCUGAUGUCUGAAGUUGAACUUCUAGUUUCAUGUCAUAUUUAAGGCAUACAGGUUAGUCUAGAGACUGUCUGAAGAAAAAACGUAUGCAUCUUGUGGCCCUUUAAAGAUUCUCCUGCCAAUUUAUAUUGCAGAUCAUUUUUGUCUUUAUGGACAUCCAAUUUCAUCCGAUUUCUUUAUGUAACAGUGUUGAAAAACAAAGAAUUUACCACAUAGUGUGAAAAUAGUACACAAUGCAACAGUUUAGAAACAA